AUGAGGCAGCGCAGAUGGCUAGAGGUGUUGAAGGACUAUGAUAGCAAGAUGUUCUACCAUCCUGCUAAAGCUAAUGCGGUGGCUGAUGCUUUAAGUAGGAAGUCUUGUGGUGGUGAGGCCGAGCCUGAGGAGCUUAUAGAACAGACGUCGCAGCAGUUUGCCAUUGUGCGAAUUAGUGAGGUAAUGACCGAUAGACCUCCGGUUAUUGCAGCACUUUUGAUUCAGCCUCUAUGUAAUGACAUAAUUAGAAUGGCGCAAGAGAAUGAUCAUGAAUUGCAGGACAGUAUUGAUGGGGCCAGACAUAGGGAAGCAUCUCGGUACUACUUGACUGAAGAUGGGAUAUUGAAGACUGGUAAUGGAAGAACAAUCAUUACUAAUGAUGCUGAGUUGAGAAGAGGUAUUCUUGAUGAAGCUCAUCAGACGUGA